UGGUCUUUUUUAUUUGAUUUAAAACAUUUUUUAGAAGACAGUCAUUAGAAAGAAGCAACUUAGCGUAGUGAAGCGGAAAGGAGAUGACUACCAGCACUGCUCUUGUGCUCCUCAUUCUCUCUCUAACAAGCAGCUGGGCAGAGAAUGCAGAGGAGCGCCUGGUAAACUACCUUUUAGGUCCAGAGCACUACAAUAAACUAAUCAGACCUGCUGUCAAUAAGAGCCAGCAGGUCACCGUCUCCAUACAGGUGUCUUUGUCUCAGCUCAUCAGUGUGAAUGAGAGAGAACAGAUAAUGACGACCAACCUGUGGCUGUUUCAGGAAUGGAACGACUACAGGUUGAGAUGGGAUCCUGAGAAAUAUGAAGGCAUCAAGAAAUUGCGAAUACCCUCCAAACUUAUCUGGCUUCCUGAUAUAGUGCUCUAUAACAAGUAAGUUUCCUUCUAUUGCAAUGCUGUGGUCUCAAACACGGGGGACAUCUUCUGGCUCCCUCCAGCAAUCUACAAGUCAGCCUGUGCCAUCGAGGUGCAGAACUUCCCCUUUGACCAGCAGAACUGCACUCUCAAGUUCCGCUCUUGGACCUACGACCACACAGAAGUAGAUCUUAUCCUCACCAGUGAUUUCGCCAGCCGUGACGACUUUACCCCGAGUGGAGAGUGGGACAUCGUCUCGCUCCCAGCACGCAAAAACGAGGACCCCAACGACAUAACCUAUCUGGACAUCACCUAUGAUUUUGUCAUCAAGAGGAAGCCUCUUUUCUAUACCAUCAAUCUGAUUAUCCCCUGUGUGCUGAUCACAUCACUAGCUAUCCUGGUGUUCUACCUGCCGUCAGACUGUGGGGAGAAAAUGACGCUUUGCAUCUCAGUGCUGCUGGCACUCACUGUGUUCCUGCUGCUCAUAUCAAAGAUAGUGCCACCUACCUCUCUAGCAGUGCCACUCAUAGGUAAAUACUUAAUGUUCACCAUGGUGCUGGUCACAUUCUCGAUUGUAAGCACCGUCUGCGUCCUCAACGUCCACCAUCGCUCACCGUCCACUCACUACAUGCCUGACUGGGUCAAACGGCUCUUCUUAGUCCGUCUACCUACCUUCCUCCUCAUGAGGCGUCCAGGCUCUUCCAAUGUUCGUGAUAAACUGCGCCGGAAAUACACCAGUCGGAGUAUUGUCUGUAAAAAUAACACCCAAAGCAGCACAAACAAAAAGCAGUACUCAAACAUCAGACUCGGUGGCAUCAGAACCGACGCCGACGCUUUCUACGUGAAUGAGGAUUUGGCGCAGCGGUGUUGCUGGCCGGCUGGUGACAUCCCGGAUGGUGGCGGUGGCUUUUCAGACUUCCAGAGGCCUUUGGCCAAUCAGUUAGAUGCAGAUCUGGAGGAGGCAGUGGAUGGAGUGAGAUACAUAGCUGAACACAUGAAGACAGAAGACGACGAUGAAGGGAGCACAGUGUUUCAUUUCCACAAUCCACCUCCCAAGUAA